AUGUCACUGCUACUACCAUCGUCGAUCCACCGCGUGGUGUCCCAACCCUAUCGGCGUUCUCGCUUCCUUCUGCAGCGCGCUCUACACGUCGCUCGACCGCUUUCCCAAGCACAAGAAGAAGAAGAAGAAGACGGUGCUCUACCUGUGCUGGAAACCGCCCAAAUGAACAUGUUUACAGCCAUUAACGACGCCAUGCGCGUCGCGAUGGCAACCGACGCCUCGGCGAUUCUCUUUGGGGAAGACGUGGCGUUCGGUGGCGUCUUUCGCUGCUCCGUGGACCUCCGCGAGACCUUUGGCAGCGACCGGGUCUUUAACUCCCCUCUCUGUGAACAGGGGAUUGCUGGCUUUGCUAUUGGCUAUGCCUCUACCGGACGAACGGCGAUUGCCGAGAUCCAAUUCGCAGACUACAUUUUCCCAGCCUUUGACCAGAUUGUGAACGAAGCUGCGAAGUUCCGCUAUCGCUCGGGCAACGAAUUUGACUGCGGGAAACUCACGUUCCGGGCUCCGUACGGAGCUGUUGGUCAUGGUGGCCACUACCACUCGCAGUCACCGGAGGCGUACUUUGCCCAUACACCCGGACUGAAGGUUGUGAUGCCGCGCAACCCCGUGACAGCAAAGGGGUUACUGCUUGCAUCGAUUCGGGAUCCGAACCCGGUACUGUUUCUGGAGCCCAAGGCGCUGUAUCGAGCAUCGGUUGCUGAGGUGCCAGUGGGUGAGUACGUGCGGAGUUUGAGUGAGGCUGAGAUUGUGCGGCAAGGCACCGAUGUUACAGUUGUCGGGUGGGGCGCACAGAUGAGGGUGCUAGAAGAAGCUUGUGGUUACGCUGAGGGUGUCGGCAUCAGCUGCGAGCUCAUUGAUUUGCAGACGAUUUUUCCAUGGGACGCCGACACUAUUGAGCACUCGGUUCGCAAGACCGGUCGACUUGUUAUCAGCCACGAAGCUCCGAAAUCCGGUGGAUUUGCAGGCGAGAUAUCGUCAAGUAUUCAAGAGCGGUGCUUUUUGAGCUUAGAAGCUCCCAUUCAGCGGGUAUGCGGUUACGAUACGCCCUUCCCGCUAGCGUAUGAAUCGCACUACCUUCCGGACGCAUUGCGGAAUUUUGAGGCGAUCAAGAAAGUGGUGAAUUACUAG